GACCACAAACUGGAUACAAUACUGUUGUUAUUUACGCAACAGUAUAUCUGUUCAUUAUUUUUGUGUGUAUGUAUGAAGAAGACAAAGACUGUGAGAGCUAGAGGCGUGUGUAUCCAAAUACACUUGGACACCUACUUCUAGGUCCUAUUAAGAAUGCUUCAUAAAUCAUCCCUUUGGAAUUCAUUCACAAUAGACAUUGUCCACUUGAGACCCACCUGGUCCGUUCAUAGGCAGGCAGUGGACUUUUGCCUUGGCGACUUCGGCAAUCAACACACACUUCCUGGUUACUUACUGUUUUGCGAUGGUUGUUAUUGGACAUGCAGGCCUCUCUAGUCUUUCAGUCUGAUCAGCAUGGAUUCCUAGGUGUUUUGUUUUUUCUUUUAAAUCAGGCUUCACUUCUAGUUGAUUUGUUUCCAUUUACACACAAUCUUCAGGACUGAAACAGGACUUUGCACAUAUUAUAUUAGUGUGUGAAAGGAGCAGCUAUUCAGAGACUCAUGUCAAGUUACAGCAACGGAGGACUUCUCAACCCUGCCUACCAUGAGAGCGAGACUCUGGAAAUUGAUAGGCCUUCCAGGAAACAACAGCACACUAACCCCUAUGUCCAAGAAGAACAAGACUGGUGGAAGGACAGGGAAGAAACAUAUGACACCGAGAUUGGUCAAAGCAGUGGUAAUGAUGCUGUAGUGAGAGUACCCUGGGGGGGCGGUCAGGAGGAGGGCUGGAGGGGAAGAGAAAGUAUUCCUAUGAGACUUCAGUCAAGACACCCAGAAAGUUCUGUAUUCCAGCAUGACUUCAAUCAAAGUCCAUUCCAAAUCAACCGUGACUCUCCUUAUGAUCAAUUCCCACCGAUCAGACUUCCUUCUGCAUCAUCAGGCACCAUGUCUAUGAGAUGCAGGGGAGCUGGAUUAAGGAUGAGCGUGUUUCCUAGCGAUGAUCCUCGUUAUCUAGCAUUCACAGAGGAGGCCAUCAAGAAUGAGGUGGAAAAUGAGGAGCAGAGGCUGGUCAAAGAACUUGUUGGAUUGUCAACACGAGACCGAAUCAAGGCCAUACGGGACCUUCCGAUGAGUUUUGAAGAGAAAAAACAUAUAAGGAGUGAAGUACUAGCAUUUGAGUCUGGGUCUCGGCAGUUCACAUGCUUUGCAGACUGUUCAGAGAGAGCGUCACUUUUUCUUCGCAGGUGCGGCUAUAGUAUCCGGUCAGCUAGACAGACCUCGGAACUGUGGCAAGGCAUCAUGAAAGAGAUAGGUGGCAAGUUCGGCACCAGCGUGCUCACCUAUUUUCUAUUUCUCAAGUGGUUGCUCAUGUUCAACAUAUUCUCCUUCCUGGUUAACUUUGGCUUCAUCACCAUCCCACUACUGGUUUAUGAUAUUUCCCCCAACUUACCUCCAAAUGUCGGCUUCAGAGGACUGGAGAUACUAACUGGAGCUGGUUACUUCAACUACAGUGUCAUGUACUACGGUGGUUACAGCAAUGAAACCCUUGUGGAUCUGGUGGAAUACAACAUGCAGCUAGCCUACUUUUUCACAAUUGCCGUUUAUAUGACGUUGUGCGGCAUUGCACUAAUCACAAGCAUGGCAAACUCCUUCAAGACAAACUAUGUGCUUGUGGAUCAAAUUUCAAACAGUGCAUGGCAGCUUUUGUGCAGCUGGGAUUUUAGCAUCAUCAACGAGAGAGCAGUGAGACAGCGCAAGACCAACCUCAGAGUACAACUAAAGGAGUCGAUGUCAGAGAAGGCCCAAAGAGAUCUGCUCACCCUUACUGAAAAGCUCAAGCACAUUGGGCUUCAUCUAGGCUUGUGGCUUCUCUCCACCAGUCUGGCUGUUGGCUGUGCCGCCAGCAUCUAUUUUCUCUGCCAGUACGAACACCAGAACACAACAAAUGCUUCAAACCGGUCACUACUUCAGGAGGCAGAGACUCUCCUGGUCCCCUUUGUGGUCUCCUUGAUGAACCUGGUGGUCCCACUCUUCUAUUCUCUCUUCAAUAAAUUUGAACAAUAUUCCAGUCAACGCAGGCAGAUCUACGCUCUGUUGCUCAGGAAUGUUUUACUCAAGAUGUUGAUUCUGGGUGUUUUAUGCUACUACUGGAUGAAUGUUGUGGCUCAGAAGUUUUCGUGUUGGGAGUCCAUGGUCGGACAGGCACUGUACCGCUUGGUCAUCUUUGACUUUUUGUUUCUCAUGUUGGGUUCCUUCUUUGGAGAGUUCCUCAGCAAUUUGAUUGGAACAAAAUUCCUACCACGUCUUGGGGUUCCAGAGUUUGACGUCGCCAGAAAUGUCCUUGAACUCAUCUAUGCGCAGACUAUAGUCUGGAUUGGGAUCUACUUCUCGCCACUGUUGCCUGCCAUUCAGAUUGUCAAGUGCCUCAUCUUAUUUUUCGUAAAAAAGGUCAGCCUGAAUCACAACUGUCAGCCUCCACGGCGCACAGGCAGAGCAGCUCAGAUGCAAACCAUUUUCACCGCCCUCCUAUUCUUCCCCUUCUUUGUGGGAGCCCUGUCAAUGGUUGCAUACACUACAUGGCGACUUACUCCCUCUCAGCAGUGUGGCCCUUUUCGGGGCCUAAACAGCACCUUCAGUGUGGUUGAAGUCUGGAUUGAUGAUUUGCAAGACAUCCCCGGUUCUCAGGGGGCCAUCUGGAUCUAUGAAAAUGUCAUCAGAAGUGAAAUUGUUUGGUUUCUUGGCACACUCAUAAUCUUAAUCAUCAUAUACAUCUUCUGGCAAGUCUCUCAGGGCCGCAAGCACCUUAUUGGUCGACUGAUACAGCAAAUUGUUAAUGAGGGGAAAGACAAGUCAUUCUUGUUGGAAAAACUACAGAACCUCCAGAAAUCUCAUCCUAAUAAGAAGCACAAACAGAAGAGUCAAAAGAAGCACCCCAAACAGCGCUUGGAUAAUAGUUCAACAGGUGGUAAAUUCCACUCGAACAACACGGUUCAGGCUUUAAUUGUUCGCCAACAACUUGAGCAAGAGGAGAGAUGCCUCCCCAGUGGUAUGCCACUUCCCUCAGAUAUCUCUACUUCUGAGGCUGUAGUGCAAACCAUGAAGACCUGUCAGAGAGCUGAAGAGUACGUGGAAGAAUUAUACCCAAUGCGCCGGUCAUCCUUCACACUUGGUAUGCCUGCCAGGCACGUGGGCGAGCAUGAUGGAAGAGAUGUAUACUACAGUACAGCAGAAUUUCCUGACAACGUGCAUGACGGAGCCAUGGCUGUGAUUCAGGCAAGGCAAGCAAGACAAAAACAAGAUGACGAUGCAGCACAACAAAUAGAUGACUUGCCAUCUCCGUUUUCAAAUGCUAUGACACUUGUCAUGCAAGCAAGGCAGAGAGCAGAGAGAGAUGAGGGUCUUCAUUGGGGCUCUGCUCCCCCUCAAAAGCCACCUCCUGCUAGUUCCAGCGCACUCAUACAAGCUAUGUUAGCCCGGCAGCAAGCCCAGAAUGAGUAUGACGACGGCUACUAAACGUUUAAAAGUAUUCAAUACUGAAAAGCAAGUAUGAUGUUCUUACGCAGAGAGGCUACGUGUAGAUCAGAAUUUGUCAUCCAAAUAAUUUUAUUCUCAACAAAACAAUAUAUACAAUAAUUUGCACUAAUUAUUAAGCUGGGCUAUGUAUGUUAGAGUGAAAGGCUUCAGUAACCUAAUGAGGACAGCAGUAAAAAAAAGAUGGCUGGAUGGGAAAUAUACAUGACAUAUACUGUCAAUACUUUUUUUCAGUUGCAAAAACAAUGGUGCAAAAGUGUGUUUUCUCAAAAUUGUCAAGGUUGUGACAGCCAGAAGAUACCCAACUUGAUGUAUCCAGGGUACGAAAGAUUUUGGGCUGUAACUAUUAUUUACAGAAACAGUUGCACUGUUACAGUAUAUACAGUAUUUUUAGAUACCCAUGGAUGACUCUUUAAAACAAAUACAUGGGGAGUAGUGAAAAUUCCUUCUCAUCCAUUUAUAAGAAGAGCUCCUGACUGACACACAGGCUAUUUGUCCGACAUAAUGUUCCGUUGAAAGUUGCCCAUCUGGGGCAUGACAAAGAAAUUUCCUAUUGUAAACAGCCUGAUCCACAUCAUGCCCUGUAGAAAAAUACCGCACACUUACUAUCCACAUGAUUUACAUCAGCACAAUUUUAUGUCUGUAGGCACAAGAUUAGCUGAAAGCAUUCAUGGCUUUAGUUCUAAAUUGAAAAGCAGUGCAAAUCUCAUUAUCGUUAGUCAUUUACAGUGAUUGUUGUUGCUGUUGAAGAAAUAUGUUCAGUAAGGCUAGAUGCAUCUGUGACCUUCACUGGAAUCAUGGGAAUAUACUAUACAACACUUUCUUUAACAUGUACAUUUUAAAAAGCAACACCAUCAUCGUACAUCAGUCGUUUUGUUCUCAGCUGGCUCGGAUUGUUCAAUAACUCCCACUUCCUGCGACGAGAUUAAAGGCAGUGUUUAAAUGUCUGGUCUGAAGUGCAUGUUGGUGU